AUGUUGAGGAUGUGGUCCAUGCUUCCGAAGAUUUUCCUGAAGCCUGCUUGCGACGGCGGUUCGAAGUCCUCCAGGCGAUUUAGAAUGUCUUUGGACUCAGGUGAAUCCUGGGAAGGUAUUGGAAGGUAGAUAGAAGGUAUUUGAAAGGUGAAAAUGGAUAAUUCUUGCCAGAAGCGAUCACCAGGCUUUUUUUCUACGUAGAAGUGUCAGGAAGCUAUGUGAAAGGCGUUCGAACACUUGCUGGGAAGCUUCUAAACGCCUUCCGAGGAACCGAAAGCAGAUCUUCCCAAUUUUAACCCGAGGAGAAAAUCUUGUAGACCACUGAGAGCAGGGAGAUUUUUAAGUUGUUCAGGUCAGUCAGAUGGGCUUUCUUUGGAAUAAGGAUGGUCUUUGAGAUUUUCCAUUGCUCUGCAAUUUUUCCGGAAUAGUUUCGUGUGAAAGGAGGUGGUGAUCUCUUCCAUAGCUCUGCGAGAGGUCUUCAGUUGCCCGUGUUCAUUUUUUAAAGUUUUCAAUCCUCUCAAAAAUUCGGGUAGCCGUCAACGAUAAUGAUUUAAUCCAGUUACAACUCAUUAAAAAAAAAUCUGUCUAGUUUUAUGAUCAAAAAAGUGAAUUCACUCAAAAAGAGAAAAGCGACUGCUUAUAUUCAAGGCUUCAAAAAAAGUUAGGUAGUGAUUUCAAACAGGUUUCAUUGUGUUUUAGGACCUCUUGGGUCAUUCGAGUGAAUUGAUGUGCUACUUCUACUACUAGACCAAAUGAGGCCGGCUCUGGAGGCACCUUGAACCACUCGGUUUGCUGCAAUCUUUUGACUUCUAAAAUUUUUCCUAUCAAUUAUAAUAACAUGCAAAAAAAUUGUCAAAGUUUCAAAGAUCCACUUUUUACGAGAUUUCAAAGACUUAGAGAAAUCCAAACUUAGUCGCAGGUUACCAAAACUCGAAAGUUCAGUACCAAAUGCUUCGAAAUGGAAUGCUUGAGAAUAUUAGAGCCUUAGUUGUACAACGUUAUCUUAAGGAAAAUAGAUUCAAUUGUCCAAAAUUUCAAAAAACUCCCAUUUUUCGACAGUUGACUAACCUUCAAAAGAUCAUAGCUCAGCUUGUAGGUUACUAAACUUCGAGUAUUUGGCACCAAAUCACUUGAAAUUUAAUACUUGAUAAUAUUAAUGCCUUGGUUCCCUGAAGAACCUUAGAUUUAUAUGUCGAAAUUUCAAAAAACUCAAUUUUCAACAUUUGACUAAUCUUCAAAAGAUCAUAGCUCAGCUUGUAGUUGUAGCUUGUAAAAGAACUUUUGUGACUCUUACAAGGUCCUUUUUGAAAAAGAUCUUUUGUGGGACCUUACAAGGUCUUUUUUUUUAGAAGUUUUUCCGUUUUGUCCUUCAAAUUUGAAGUUUUUAUUCAAAAAUUUUGAUGAGACUAUCAUUCAAAUGUAGAUUUUUUUAUAGGUUCUGCUGUAACCUCCCCAUCAGAAUAAAUUCCCAAAAUAAAAACACCUGUUUUAUGUCACAAAACAGAGGAAUUACAAGGGAAAAGCGGCCAAUUCGUUGGCGCGCAAAAAUUGGUCCCGGCACGAACACCUUGAGUGACGCCGCGCAACACCGUAGGACACCAACGCUUGAAGUUUUAUUUUAAAUUUUACCGUAUUUCCUUUAUUAUAAAUAGAUAAAUAUAAAUAUAUAGUUAACCCGUACAAUGGUUCAGAUUUUUUUAGAAUAUUUUUUUAACCAGAAAAAAAUUUUUUUCAACUUUCGCUUCGAAAAAAAUUUUUUUAUUUGUAGGCCUUCACCUCGCUUUUUUUAUUAAUUAAAAAUUCCUGCGUUUAUAUAAACUCUGACUAAUUCAAAUUUUUUUCAGGGUAUUUUUCUAGAUAGUCUUAAGACUAUUUUCUCUUUCCCGGCUUUUUUAUUUCCUUUUUUGUAACGUCUUCUCUUGGUGCAGUUUUUCUUAAGUAAAAGUGAGUUUUCUUUUCAAUGAGAAAACUUCAAUUUCUUUUUUCGCAGAACGGUAGUAAUGGACGCUCAAGAUAACAAGAUUAACGGUAAUGUCGAUGAGACUAUUAAAGAAAAUGGACACUCGACUAAGGGAAACGAGGACAAGUGAGUUCUCUAAAAAUUUAUAUUAUCUUUGAAAUCAAACUUUGCAGGAAGAUCUUUGUCGGAGGAAUCGCGUACGACGUCACGAAUGAAGAUUUGAGCUCACACUUCGCCCAAUUCGGCGAAGUUUCCCAGGCCCAGGUCAAAUACGAUCGAGUUUCUGGAAGAUCAAGAGGAUUCGCUUUCGUGGAGUUUGCUACUGGCGAAGGCUGCAAAGCCGCUCUCGGAGCUCGCGAACAAAGCAUCAAGAACAAAGCUGUAAGUAUUUAUUUGAUCUCCUUUUUUUCUUUUUUUUUCAAAUUUUUUUUACUUACUUAAACCAGAUUGUACAUAAAAAGGUAACUGCGUUUGUGAGAACUUUAUUGCCAAAAAAAAAGUCGAGAAGAAUAAUACCAAAAAUAAAAUGGCUCUAUCCUUUUCUAAAUUUGGACUCUGUGUGUUUGAAUUAUGUAAUUGCGUUAAACACCCUUUUUUCAACUUUUCUAUCUUUUCUUUUGGCGUGUUCAUUGGAGAAAGGGAAAAUAUUUCAAAAAACAAAAGCAUGUUUAUUGGCGCACCAAAGUUGCUCCAAAACAGUACUAAUUUUUUAUUAUGGAGCAACUUUUUGCGUUUCGGAAAAACUUUCUUUUUGUCAGCUGAACACGCCAUUUCGAUAAUUAUCGUCCUCAAAAAAAUUUAUUUUGAAGAGACGGUUAGAAGUAGAACCUAUUUUUAUGAUUUCUUUUUUCAUUCAUUUCAAAAAUUUCAAUAGGAACAUAAGAAAAAUUAAUGCCCUGUUUAAAGUGAUUCCGCGAAAUCCCAAAUAGCCGAUAAAUAAAAAAAGACGUCUAAAUUUUUUUAAAUUCAGAGAUAGUUUUGCAUUUCCCGGAAUACGCUUUUUAACACGACAUUAAAAUAAUUUUUUUCAUCUGGAACGUUAUUUGAUACACCAACAUCAAAUUUAGCAGGUUUAAUUUAGAAAAACUAAAACUUCAUUUGAUAUUCUUCGUUUCUCUUCAGAGUUUAUAUACCUUUUUUUCCCUCAUUCUUUUUAAAAAUAUUUUUAUUUUUUUACUUUGUCAUGCUAAAUUCAUGGAGGGGAAACGAAAAAGUUGAAUGCCGCGUUCAAAGCUGAUUUGACGCGCUAAGCAAAACAGUUUUUAUUGUUCAAAAGCAAGAGCCGAAUCGCAGCCAAAUGCGGCAGAUUCUCUCAGCGCGCGUCAAGUUAGCGUCGAACGCGGCAAGGACGUGAUUUUAUGGAAAAUUCAUCACAAGGAACCAUGAACCUAGUUUUUAUAUUAUUAUUGACCGUUGAUGUGAAAUUUGUUAUAGGUUGAAGUCAAGCCUGCCAAGUCGAGGGAAAACAAGAAGGUAUUCGUUGGAGGACUACCAUCAGACUUCAGCGAGACUGACCUUCGCUCACAUUUCGAACAGUUCGGAAAGGUCGACGAUAUCGAAUGGCCGUACGACAAGCAGACGAAAGCGAGAAGGAACUUCGCAUUCAUCGUCUUCGAAGAAGAAGAAUCCGCUGAUAAGGCAUCUUCUCAGUCCAAACAAACUUUCGGAUCUCGCGAAUGCGAUGUGAAGAAAGCCGUGCCACAAGGCAAGCGAUUCAUCGGUGGAGUUGGCGGUGGCCGUGUGAACGGAGCUCGACCAUACGGUGGACGCGGCGGAGCCAACAACGCUGGUGGCUGGUAUGCCGGCUGGGGACAGCUUGGAGCUAUUCCUUACGGAGGAGCGACUGCUGCCUGGGGAGAUUGGUAUGGCGCCGCCAGCAACUACUACGGCCACCAACAUCAACAGAACAACAACGGAUAUGGAAACUCGUACGGUGGAACAAGUGAGUAGUUCUUACUCGAUUUUUUCAUCUUUAAAUCAAUUCUCAGGGAACGGAUACGACUCAUCCUUCCAACAAGGAGGACCUGGCGGUCGCCAAAACGGAAAUACCUCUGGCCAGCGUUAUCAACAGACGGCCCAGCCUCAGCAGUUCUAA